AUGUCCCUAAUAAAAUCGCACAGCCAGUGGCCUGGAGACAUCCCCUUCAUUCGCCGACACGAAGAACCCGUGGCCCCGGAAAAUUUUGAUGCCGCCUCUCGUGCAUGGAGGCAUUUUUGGGUCGGCGGCGACGCCGCGGAUCAACAGAAACGAGCUUUGAUCGAACGGUGGGCAACAGCAGACCAACAAUUUCACGAUGACAAAAAUUUUACAGGAAAUGACGAUCAAAAUUUCUGCAUGGUCUACUUCUGCACCACCGAAUUGACCCGCGAGAAAGAAGCCCUGCUAGCCAAGUGUGUCUUGGGUUUAUUCCCAUGGGAAGAAGGCUUGGAAUUUCUAGCAGACGAAAUGAUAUUGGAUAUUCUUGAGACAUUCAAGUUCCAUCAAAGUGUCGCCCGACCCAACUUCCUUGAUAUGCACAUGGCGCUCGAUGGAACGGUGCUUUUCAGGGACUGCUAUGCCAAGCUCAUUAUCGAUGACCGGACCCUUGAGACCGGACUGGGGAUUUGGGUUGAAUUCGCAACGAACGGUAUCUACAAGAAAGCCUACCGGGCUCAAAUGAUGAUGGAGGAAUUCGCCCACUUUUAUUGUGAAAUCGGUCCGGGAAAUCAGGUCCCAAUAGAGCAGGCGCUGAAUUACAUCGAGUCACAGGUAAUAUACCAAGACCGCGAUGAAGAUGCAGAUCCAAGAGAGAUCUUGGGGGAUGAGCCUCGAUAUGUGACGGCCGCUCGGGGUGAAGUCGAUCUAGUGGAUGACUAUGCGCCAGGGUUUCGCGAGGCGGAGGAGCAGGGUAACGGCCUAGCGAUCGGAUAUGAUUUGGAACAGAUACUUGCGAACGAUGGAAAUCCCCUGACUAUCACAGAUCAUGGAAGUGAUCAUUAG